CAGGAGCCGUGGCCAAAGACAUUGAAACAGUAAGAGACAUGGCUAGAGAUGGCGAGGGACGCGAUCAGACACCUACCGGGGCGGCUGAGGCUGUAUUAAAGGAACGGGGGCCUUAAAGCUGAGCCAACAUCACCAAAAAAUAACAACAAUAAAUCACAACAAAAAAAAUCAACCAAGCCCCCAAGAGCCUGAUCCUUUCCACAGGGGAGGAAUCCUGCACGCAUCCGACGCGAAGACCUCCUAGGACCUUCCAACCACAGACCAGAUAGAUGUUUUGUCCACAAGCUUGCACGAAUCACAAUGAAUGCGCAGCUGACGAUGGAGAACAUUGGCGAUCUGCACGGGGUGAGCCAUGAGCCGGUGCCAACUACGGCCGAUCUGAUGAACAGCAGCCCCCAUCACAGGAGCUCGGUGGCCCAUCGCAGCAAUCACUUGCCAGCCCACCCUCGCUCCAUGGGCAUGGCUUCCAUCCUGGACGGUGGCGACUACCACCACCAUCACCGGCCCCCUGACCACGCGCUGACGGGACCCCUGCACCCCACCAUGACCAUGGCCUGCGAGACACCCCCCGGGAUGAGCAUGAGCAGCACCUACACCACGUUAACCCCUUUGCAACCUCUACCUCCCAUCUCGACCGUGUCGGACAAAUUCCCUCACCACCACCAUCACCACCACCAUCACCACCACCCCCACCAGCGGAUACCAGGGAACGUGAGUGGCAGCUUCACCCUCAUGAGGGACGAGCGGGGUCUGGCUUCUAUGAACAAUCUCUACACCCCCUACCAUAAGGAUGUUACCGGCAUGGGGCAGAGCCUCUCCCCUUUGUCUGGAUCGGGCCUGGGGGGCAUUCACAACUCCCAGCAGGGGCUGCCCCACUACGCUCACCCCAGUGCCACCAUGCCCGCCGAGAAAAUGCUCACCCCCAACGGCUUUGAAGCCCACCACCCUGCCAUGCUGGCCCGGCAUGGUGACCAACACCUUACCCCCACGUCCGCUGGCAUGGUGCCUAUCAACGGGAUCCCACACCACCCCCAUGCCCACCUGAAUGCCCAGAGUCACGGGCAGAUUCUGGGCUCCAGCAGGGAACAAAACCCUUCCGUCACUGGUUCGCAGGUCAACAGUGGGAGUAAUUCAGGGCAAAUGGAAGAAAUCAAUACCAAAGAAGUAGCUCAGAGGAUCACCACCGAGCUCAAGCGGUACAGCAUCCCCCAGGCCAUCUUCGCCCAGAGGGUGCUGUGCCGCUCUCAAGGGACCCUCUCCGACUUGCUGAGGAACCCCAAGCCCUGGAGCAAGCUCAAAUCCGGCCGGGAGACCUUCCGCAGGAUGUGGAAGUGGCUGCAGGAGCCCGAGUUCCAGAGGAUGUCGGCGCUCAGGCUGGCAGCAUGCAAAAGGAAAGAACAAGAACAUGGGAAGGAUAGAGGGAAUACACCCAAAAAGCCUAGGUUGGUCUUCACAGAUGUCCAGCGUCGAACUCUACAUGCAAUAUUCAAGGAAAAUAAGCGUCCAUCCAAAGAAUUACAAAUCACCAUUUCCCAGCAGCUAGGGUUGGAGCUGAGCACCGUCAGCAACUUUUUCAUGAAUGCACGGAGGAGGAGUCUGGAUAAGUGGCAAGACGAGGGCAGCUCCAAUUCAGGCAACUCAUCAUCUUCAUCAAGCACUUGUACCAAAGCAUGAAGGAAUAACCACAAACUAAACCUCGGUGGAAAAGCUUUAAAAAUAAAUAAAUAAAUAAAGACCAGGACCUCAAGAUAGCAGGUUUAUUCUUAGAACUAUUUGAAAAAAAUGUUAUUUAUAAGUCCAAAGAAACCAAAGACUUAUUUCACCUGCAUUAUGACUUUGUUCUGAGACACACACUUUAGUAGGACGACAACUUGCAAAAAAAUAAAUAAGAAAGAGAGAAAAAGGAAUGAAACAACAACAAAAAAGAGAGAGAAAAGAAAGAAACCACUGGUCUUACACCUUCAUCCAUGAUCAUUUUCACCGUACUUGGCUGUUUAGUGGUUUGGAGCAUAGUGAUUUCUUGUCAUUGAAUGGACAUCUUUUCAGAUAUGGCUCUUCAUUUCCACAGAAAUUGCCAUGAAGGUGUAUAGUGUAUCCGUACUGUGUACACACCAGUGGUUAGGGACUCAGUCAGGGCUGGUCUUCAGAAGGGGUUGUGCUAUAGCAUGACCAAAAUAGCGUGGAGUCGUCUGAAUUCAUUUGAAUGGUAGUGUGAUUUUGCUGUUUUAUUGUUUGAACUUAACUGGUGCAACACCUGGAAACAAGUUCAAACUAGGCAAAGAAAUUUUGAAUGAUACCUAAACCAGUGCAUUCUCUUUGUUUGUUAAGGAAUGUUCAGAUUUAAAAAAUAAAACAAUAUUCCAUCCAUAAAAAAUCGACUAGCUACCAAAGAACACAUUUAAUAUUAUAUUGCAGGUAUUUUAUUGCAAUGAUUUUAAUAUUCCAAAGCUAUUUUUACACAAAAUACUAUGUAGAGUUAUAGGUAUAAACUAAUCUAACUGUAUAACACAUAACUUGCAAUCAAGACUGUUAUUUGCAAUUAUUAAACCACUUUAAUAUUUGUUUCCAUAAUUGGCAAGAAAGAAUGUAGUGUUAGUUGUAGCAGUAUAUACCAGUGUAAUAGCACAGAUGCUAAUAAUGGGCUCCAGCUCCCAUAAAAGCAAAGAAGCAUUUUAGAGUUGGCUUCAGCAAAAAGAGGACAGAGCCGUUACAGCUGUGUGUAAGAA